AGUCUGCUGCGGGCCCUGUGUCAGCUGAUCGGUGGAGUCGCCUGGCGUUGCGUAUCCUCUGGUCUGGGUUCUUCGGGCCCACUGUCCCCUCUGCAGCCAUGUCGUCCUUCCCAGAGCUUUACUUCAACGUGGACAAUGGCUACUUGGAGGGGCUGGUGCGCGGCCUGAAAGCUGGGGUGCUCAGCCAGGCCGACUACCUCAACCUGGUGCAGUGUGAAACCCUCGAGGAUCUGAAGCUGCAUCUGCAGAGCACCGACUAUGGUAACUUCCUGGCCAACGAGGCAUCCCCACUCACAGUGUCAGUGAUUGACGACCGGCUCAAGGAGAAGAUGGUGGUGGAAUUCCGUCACAUGAGGAACCAUGCCUAUGAGCCCCUUGCCAGCUUCCUGGACUUCAUUACUUACAGCUACAUGAUUGACAACGUCAUCUUGCUCAUCACCGGCACGCUGCACCAACGCUCCAUCUCCGAGCUGGUGCCCAAGUGCCACCCACUGGGCAGCUUCGAGCAGAUGGAGGCCGUGAACAUCGCGCAGACCCCUGCCGAGCUCUACAAUGCCAUCCUGGUGGACACGCCCCUGGCGGCUUUUUUUCAGGACUGCAUCUCAGAGCAGGACCUGGAUGAGAUGAACAUAGAGAUCAUCCGAAACACACUGUACAAGGCCUACCUGGAGUCUUUCUACAAGUUCUGCACCCUGCUGGGUGGCACCACAGCCGAUGCCAUGUGCCCCAUCCUGGAGUUCGAAGCUGACCGCCGCGCCUUCAUCAUCACCAUCAACUCCUUCGGCACGGAGCUGUCCAAGGAAGACCGGGCCAAGCUCUUUCCGCACUGUGGGCGGCUCUACCCCGAGGGCCUGGCCCAGCUGGCUCGGGCUGACGACUAUGAGCAGGUUAAGAACGUGGCUGACUACUACCCGGAGUACAAGCUACUCUUUGAAGGUGCAGGCAGCAACCCCGGAGACAAGACGCUGGAGGACCGCUUCUUUGAGCACGAGGUGAAGCUGAACAAGCUGGCCUUCCUGAACCAGUUCCACUUCGGGGUCUUCUACGCCUUCGUGAAGCUCAAGGAGCAGGAGUGCCGCAACAUCGUGUGGAUCGCCGAGUGCAUCGCCCAGCGCCACCGCGCCAAGAUUGACAACUACAUCCCCAUCUUCUAG